AUGGGGAAUGCCCGUCACCAGAAUGAGUCUCUCAAAGAAAUGGGCGAUUUAGCGUCAGGAAUGGGAAGUUCUGUCGCCCAGACAUACCUCAAAGAUAUCCUUGAAUCAUUCUUCUCCCCAUAUGUGACAACGCGUAUGACGGCGCUUUCCGUCGUCACCACUAUUUUGCGACAAGGCCUAAUACACCCAGUACAGACAGUGCCCUAUCUUAUCGCGAUGCAAACGGACGUGGACAACAACAUUCGCCUUAAAGCGGAUGCCCAGCUUCAAGAGAUCGCACACAAAUUUCCUGGUUUCAUCAAUGUACUUUGUUUAAUGCGUGCCGUACAAGGCGUAGCACUCUCCUUUCGCCUCCAGUUCGUUCUCUAUGACGAGACAGUCUGUAAUGCCGCCGACCUGGCCAAGCGUGAGCGCGAAAAUAGUGCUACAGCUGCUGCUGCACAACAACAACAGCAAGCACAGAACAAUGCUUCUCACAAUCAACAAUCUGCUUCCAGCCAAUCAACUCCUCAAUCAACGCCUCUAAAGCACACCCCCAACCGGCCCAGACGGGCUGCCGCGGUUGCUGCUGCUGCUGCUGCCGCGGCCGCGGCCGCUGCGGCAGCACAAAAUCAGAACGUAGAAGAGGAGGCCGAGCAACAAGAGGAAGAUCAUGAAGAAGGCAAGCGACGGACAUCGAUGUGUGGCUCUGCUGCUAUCGCUGGUGGGAGCGGUUCUUGCUUAUCGAAUGGCAAUUGUGCUAUCGAAGUGGCUGUGAACAAUUUUGGUGCUCUUCGGGGAAGUCGAGAGCCAAACUGCGAUAUUCCGAAUGCCUUAAAUGCUCAGCUUUAUUCGUUACUUCGCGCCAACCGUGGCCAACGGCGAUCCAUGCUUAACGGGUUGCUUGCCAUGUUCGAUGAUUCUCAGGUAUGCUUUAUAGAUUCACAUGUGCUAUUUCCUUUAUCGCUUUAA